AUGCAAGGACUGGGCUGUGGCACAGCUACAUUUCCUUGCACCGUUCAGAGGAGCCUGGUGCUCCUUGGGAUCUCCAUUUUGCUGACUGGAACAGGGAUUGGGAUCUGGUUUUGGGUAUUUUUCAGAAUCAACCAAGGUAACUUCUUGCUGGAGGGCCAGGUGGAGGGUCUACCCGACCGGCUUCUUCUGUGCCAUGAAAACUGGGACCUCUCCUUGGGGAUCCUCAUCUGCCGACAACUGGGCCACUUCCAACUCACCCACCACAAAGGGGUCAACCUCACAGAUGUGAAGGUGGGCAUCACCCAAGAGUUUCUGGAGGUUUCACCCAACUGGAAGGAGAAUGCCAACGAGAGAUGGCAGAUCAGGAGAAGAUGCUCAUCAGGUCGGAUCGUGGCCCUUAAAUGUUCUGAGUGUGGCAUGAAGAUGCCAGAGACAACUGGAAGGAAGGAUCUCCCCUUGGGCCACCAGCCAUGGCAGGUUGGCCUCCAUCUCAAUGGCAAGCGGGUCUGCGGAGGGGCUUUGCUGUCUCAUCGAUGGAUCGUCAGCGCCGCCCACUGCAUGGACAGUCCUCCUAACAUUUCCAACUGGGUGGCCUUGGUAGGGCUUGGUCUCCCUGCCAGAAGCAAAGAAGAGGCUGGACAAGCGAUGGACAAAAUAAUCCUCCACCCCAGCUACAACCCUGUGAACCAUGACUACGACCUCGCCAUGCUGAAGCUCAAGGAGCCACUGAGUCUCUCAGAUGCCAUCCGGGCUGUUUGUCUGCCUCGCUACCAUCAGGACGUCUCCAAUGGCAGCACCUGUUGGAUCUCAGGCCAGGUCUAUCCAAGACAAGAGAACUCCACGGUUCCUAUUGCUGAGAUGUGGGUGGAAAUGCCAGUGGUCCUACAAAGCCCCAAGGAUUGCAACGGCUCCUGCGGAGAUGCGGGGAAAAUCACCCCGAGGAUGCUGUGCGCCCAUUAUUUGGAUGGCACCAUUGGUGCCUGCAAGGGAGAAAGUGGCGGUGCACUGGUUUGCCAGCAUGAGCGCAUGCAUUUAGUGGGCGUCGGAAUCCAGGACGAUGGGUGCAAACAGACAAACAGGCCUGGACUUUAUACAAAAGUGGUGUCACUUCUGGACUGGAUCCAUCGCAUCAUGGAAGCGGAUUAA